GGCCAUAAGCAUUGAGCCUUUCAUCUCAGUGUCGCUCUGUCGGCGGGGAAGAGAGGUUGUGAACAGAGGAGCGCUUAAGUAGUCAAUCAGCUCACAAGGCCAGAGACUCAUGAACGUGUGACUGUGAGUUGGAAGGAAGUGAGCAAGUGCCUGACGAUAGUGAUUGCUCAUACUGACGCAGUUUUUAUGGCGCACCUUCAGGGUACAAGACUUCUACUCAGUCAUUCAUCAAGCAGUGUGUGUGUGUCGUGAGCAAAGGCAAAGAUGUAUCUUAAGAGGUGGGUGGGCGUGGUGAUGAUGGCUGUGUCUCUCUCCGGGUGGACGGCAGGGCAGAAUUCACCUCUCUACUUGCCGCGCUGCUGCCCUAUAAAUUUCUCUAUCUCUACUCUCGCUGCUAACGACACAUGCCUCCACACACCCACCAUUGAGUUCGCCCCUCCAGUCAUCAUUAACACGACUACGAUAAUUCCUGCCAUGAACAUAGCAAACGAUGAGGGGACUGAUCUACCUUGUGACAGUUACAAGUAUGUCCAAAUUAAUGACAAGGAUACUUUUAUGAUGCUGAUGAAAAACGAUGUAAUUAAGCUCUUCUGGUUCCCACCAAACGGCCACUCAUACCAGAUGACCGAGAACUACUGUGUGGGUACAAUGGCCAGCGAGUCCCCUCAGCCUGUGUACGUGGCCAAGGUCUGCUAUGAGGAUCCCGUCAUUCAGAUGAAGAAAGACAUCCAAGCCUGCAGCAAAACCACUUGUGUACGAAAAUGUUGCCCACCUGGAGAACAUAUAUGGAAUAGAAUGUACUGUACUCCAACAGAUAACAGUACAGACUGGCAACAGAGAUUUCCAGCAACAGUUUCUCCCAAGGUCCACAUGGUAUAUGGCUACCCCGUGUGUGAGAAAUUCCUGAUAUACAAACACGACCAAUACACCCUGAUGGAGACGGGAGAAGUCUUGGCCACGGAGGUGUUCUCCCAGGAGGAAUACUGCAUCGAGAACAACCAGGACCUAGCGACCGAGCAGGUGGAACAGAUAGCGAAUAUAUGCUAUAAGGAGUCACUCGUGUGGGAAUGCCCGUGGAAGGAAGAAAUCUUGAUACCCGUGUUGAUGAGUCUGUCGUGUAUCUGCCUCGCCUUCACCUGGAUCGUAUACAUAGUCGUGCCGGAGCUCAGGAAACGGAACACUGAUCGCUGUCUCCUCUCCCUCAUCAGCACCAUGAUCGCCGCCUUCAUCACCAUCAUGGUUAACAAAUCCAGUCGUGAAGUCUUCUCCGGUGUACAAUGUACCAUCACAGCCCUGAUAAUGCUGAUGACUGUGCUGGCCAUUUUCUUCUGGCUAAAUGUCAUGAGUUACCACAUCUACUCACGAGUCUGUUCACCAUGCAGCGAUCACCGAGAGGGUAACCGGGUGUUCCUGCUGUACAGUCUCUAUGCAUGGGGCUGUCCCUUCCUCGUCACGCUGGUUGCCUUCAUCAUAGACCUCACUCAAGUCGAUUUCAUCCGUCCCAAGUUUGAGUUACCUAAUUGUUGGUUUUCGGACGAACACUCGAGAUGGCUUUACCAAUAUGGCAUUAUGCUGGUUCUCCUGAUCAUUAACUUAGCGUUCUUCGUGAGGUCUGUUGUAAUCUUAGUACGCAGACAGAGGUACAAGCUGGGAUCUGACAGUAAUAAACAUACUUUGAGCGCCUGGUUGUACGCUAAGUUGUUCAUCGUCAUUGGUGGAGUGUGGAUCACGGAGGUCAUCGCCUGGCAGACUAUGAACCAUUGCAGCGUCUUAACCACCAUCCUAGACUCUAUCAACAGCCUACAGGGUGUCUACAUCUUCCUCGUCGCUAUCUGCUUCAGGAGGGACCUCAAGGUGUUUCACUGUGGCUGGCCUUACCUGCUCACAGCAGUGGAGGGGAAAUCUACGUCUGACCAAGGUGGGGAUGUCACCGAGAUUAUGAACAAAGUUUCGUAAGGACUGAACACCGAGGAACCUUUUCGAACACUCCCUAAGGAUAACUGGCGUCAGGAGGGCGAAGAAAACAACUCGUCACAGGACUUCAGUGACCCAGGGUAGGGUAGUGUGUCCGGGAUGAACCAGCAAAGUUAGAGCUGAUGUUGAUAGAGAUAUAGAACACAUUUACCAGUGUCCAUGGGUGAGCAAACCACAGUAGGAUGUUUAAGAGAAGUAUAUCGAUGAUCACCACAACACGACCAAACACUGGCACUGCUUUCUCUCUACAAAUAUUUACCAUGACAGGUAGCGUUAGGGUGUUUAAUCUUGAUAUAAAAUAACCUAAUGUGGCAGAAAUUCGUUUUAACGUCCCCUUCCUUUCACACAGGGAAAUAUUUUUCUGGAGUAUUUUGGUGUGAUGUUUAAAUCUGACCCUAAUAUUCUUUGGAAAAUCCCCAUCUAUGAGGAAAUUUCAAGGUGACAUAGAUUUAGCCAACCAAGGAAAUCUACCUAACUUUACCUAAUUUCCUAGCCCGGGGGCGCCGCUCCUCAGACCUCAUGCCAUAUUAAACAGCAGUACUUCUUUUGAUAUGUGCUACCAAUGAAAGAAACUUUGUUGAAGCGUCAUGGUGUAAUUUUAAGUUUUUAGUGGACGUGAGAGUACACUCGGACUGAGCGGGUCAGUUGUAAACAGACAACACACGGCGACUCAGCAGAUUUUCCGAGGAAUAUUUACGGUAUGCAAUUCAACUUUCGGCAUUACCUCCAAAAUAAUGACUCACCAAGAAUGUUGAAAGGCAACGUAACCUACACCUGUAUAUCUAAAGUCCAAAUAGCAAAAUAUUAACUCUCUAUUUAAACUGGUGGGGACGUUGUAACGAAUCUUAACUCCCAAUAUGUCUAAUCUUCAGGUAAUCCAAAAUGACCAGUUCCUUGAGAGAUGAGUGAGAAAGAUACAGUAGGCUUAUAAAAUUAAGAGUCAACGUAUAGAUAUGUGAGCUAUCCCAUAAACUACUCCGUUUUCUAUAAGUGCAUAUCUAGGCACCUUCAGAAAACGAAGUAUUUUAUGGCGUGGGUAACUAUUAUAGAUAUUUACCUAAUGGGCACACACUAGCGGUUACCAUGCCGAGGGAAGGAAGCCAAUGGCCUGUGUAGGAUCCCUCCAUUCUUCUUGAUAGUUUUCCCAAGGACUAUUUUGAGACCCAAUAUUGUUCUUGAAUCCUCAGCUUGGGCUGGUAGACCGUUCCAUAGGUCUACCAGCUUUCAGCAUGAUUUGGCGAGCUUGUAGUUAGUUAUAUGUCAAGUCCCCUUGUGUUGACGGUGCGUGACAUCACAAGGAAGUGACCCGGGUUCACGUUUCCCAUCAUUUUCAAGAUAUUUAAUGUUUCGGUGAGAUCUGCCCUAUUGUGCAUUGCCUGAAGGUUUAUUCGUCCCAAGGCCCUCAAUCUACUUGGACAACCGAGAUGACAUAGUUCGGAAUCAUCUUAGUCGCUCUUUGUUGCACCUUUUUUUAUGAACGUUAGGUCUUUUGAUGAGCAAAACUGAAGGUACGAGUUCCAGGAUAAAACAGAAACUGAGAUGGAGAAAUAAAAUUAAAAGCUGUGGUCCCGGAGAUAUACAAACUCUGGGAGGAUUGGCAAACAUAGCCCCAAAAAUGUUAAGAGUGGAGGGCCGUGGUGGCCAACCCUCAGACACGAAAUUGGAUCUGGACUAGUUAAUUGAUAGAACGUAAAUAUGAUACUUCCAAGACUUCUUCACACAAGCCAGGAGAUAUUUGCAUCCAUAUAACAGCUGAAGGAUCACCAAAGAUUAGACCCCAGUCUAUUUCACCUUGAGAUUAACCACCCAAACGCUAACCCAACAAAACAUAACUUAAUCUAACCUAACGUAGCCUAAUGUAAUCUAAAUUAAUCUACUCUAACCUAACCUAACCCAACCCUACUAGAAGCGUUAGGUUGGGUUAAUCUUCAAGUGAGCCUAGUUUGAUGUAGCUAAAUCUAUUGAACUAACACAUAAACUAUCUUACUGGUGCAUGGAUGAAUGAGGGUCUGGUUGACUGACUGAGUGAAAAGGCAGACAAUAAUGGGAUCCAAAGUCUUGAUUUAAACAUAACCUAAAUAAGAAAAACGAGAAUAGAAUAGUCACCCCCCUAAAUAUAAUACAUUUAUUUUCAUUUUCUUUUACUGGCCAACUUGCUUAAUAGGAUAGGAUUCAUGCAACAGGAACUGGGUUCAUGCAGGGGGUGUUAGGGUCAUACAUAGGGGGUAUUAGGGGUCAUACAUGGGGGGCUGGGGUCUUACAUGGGGCGCUGGGGUCCUACAUGGAGGGCUGGGGUCCUACAUGGAGGGCUGGGGUCUUACAUGAGGCGCUGGGGUCAUACAUGGGGGCGCUACUUAACAUAUUAUCAGUAAGAUAUGACGCACAAUAUAACCAACUAAUUUUUAACUUCAAAUUAUAUAUAUUUUCUUAAAUAUAUAGUAGUCGUAGAUAUAGCAGUAUAUUUUUUAUAUUAUUUUCAGCACACAGAAGUAUAUAUAAUAGUGAUAUAUCUUAUACACGAGUGUAUUGUAAACCAUCCAUUAUUAUUAUAUACUGUAACCGUGUAUACUAUAUUAUUAUGUACCAUGUAAACCACGGCAAUAUAGUCUGUAAACUGUAAACCACAACAUAUGCUGUAAAUUGUAAACCACGGCAAUACGAGUAUAUUCUAUAAAUUGUAAAACACGACAAUAUAUUUUGUAAAUUGUAAGCCAUGGCAAUAUAUGCUGUACCCUGUAAACCACGACAAUAUAUGCUGUAAACCGUAAACCACAACGAUAUAUUCUGUACUCUAUAAACCAUAAUAUAUGCUGUAAACUGUAAACCAUUUUACAAUUGUUAUUAAAGCAAUAACACACUGCCUUUACAUAUAUUGAUUACAAUUGUUAACUACAUAUUAACCACAGUAAAUAUGUGUUAAUUAGAAGAGAUGAAGAUUAAUUACCUGUGUUUAUAUGUUUAGAAUGGUGAUUAAAUAUAUUAUUUUAUAUGUUAAUAAGUGUGUUAAUGUGUGUGUUAAUGUGUGUAUAUAAGUAAAGUUGGGGAGUAAUUCUUGUGCCAUAUUGUGUAAAGUUAAUAGUGUGUUUGAUAGCAGUGACUUACUUAACUGUGUGUGUGUGUGUCUGUGUGUGUCUGUGUGCGUGUGUGUGCAUCUGUGCGUCUGUUUGCAUGUGUAUGUGUGUGGCCAAAAACUUAUAAAUUUAUAUAUUAAUCAACAAACUAUAUUUUAUUUUAUAUAUCGAUUAAUAAACACUAGUAUAGUU